CAGAAAAGGAAAACACAUAAGAGACUAUAAGAGGAAGAUUGCGGUACAUUAAAAAGGGAACAGAAGAAAAACAUAAAAAACACAGAGAAACAGAACUCAUAACAGAGAAGCUGGAGAAAGACACUUUUGGUUGCAAGAAUGUGGAACGAGACCGAUCUACUGAGAAAUGAUUCAUUCUCGUGUGCCUCCCCGUCUGUGGAGGGCUACCGUUACUUUGGUGUCCUGCUGGGAUCAGCUGUCACCAUCGUAGGAACAAUUGGGAAUAUUCUGACAGUGCUUGCCUUCGCUACCGACACCAACCUGAGGACGCGUUUCAACGUGCUCAUUGUAAACCUGGCCUUUGCUGACAUCCUGUACUGUACUAUGCUCCAACCAGUCAGCGUGGACUCUUACCUGCACCUGCAAUGGAGGGGCGGAGCCAUGUGGUGCCAGAUGUUUGGACUCCUCUUGUUUCUGUCCAACAGCGUGUCAAUUAUUACCUUAUGUCUCAUCGCUAUGAGUCGUUACCUGGUUGUUGCUCAUCGUACAAAGCGCUGCGCCCGUCUGCUCUUGUCUAAACGUGGUGUGGCUGCGCUCGUCGUCUCAUCCUGGGCACUGGGUCUGGCCAGUUUUGGUCCACUUUGGCCAGUCUAUGUGUUCGCACCACAAGUCUGCACCUGCAGUUUUCACCGCACUAAGGGACGGCCUUACACCACAGUGCUGCUCUUCCUUUAUUUCUUCCUGGGCUUGGGCUGCGUAGGGCUUUUCUACUUUUUGAUCUACCGUAAGGUGCGCGUGGCCUCAAAGGCGUUUCUUAAGUACAGGCCAGGUCGAGGAACAUCCAAACGCAAAUUAGCAGAAGCUGAGAGGUCCACAGAUGAUAGCGGGAUCAGUGCUGGUGCAUCAACAACUCAAAGCACCGAGAUCAGCAGCAAUGGGGUGGGAACCGGGCAGAACGUGCCAAAAGCAUCUGAAAGCAACUCUGGGGUUCCUGAGGUCAGCAAAACCACACAAGAGUCACAAAACGCAGUGAAGCCAUCUAAGGUACAAAUCGAGACCACCCCUGCGUCCACCACAGGAGAGGACAAUGAAUUUAAACGCGUGACACGAAUGUGUUUCACAGUCUUCAUGUGUUUUGUGGGCUGUUUUGCCCCCUUUCUGUUACUGAACGUGGCUGAUAAGGCUAACCGCGCUCCGCAGGUGGUUCACAUGUUCUGCGCAAAUCUUACUUGGUUAAAUAGUUGCAUUAACCCCUUGUUGUACGCAGCCAUGAACCGCCAGUUUAAUCAGGCCUAUAAAGACCUACUACGGAAGGCCGCUCACCCAAUAACCUCGAUUUGGAGAUCUCAAUAAUUCACAACAGGACUUAAAAUGAAAAAUGGCAUUUGAAAGUCAUUUUAAACUUUAAUGAUCCACUCCAAGCAACCCUUGCACUGAAGUCAUUUGUGGGCAUUCAAUGAACUAGUUUUUUAACAUAUUCAAAGUGGAGACUGGGAGACUUUCAUUUUUCUGGUGAACAACAUCACAGUGGAUACGUUAAUAUCUGACUGAUGAUAUAAUAAGCACAAGUGUUUUUUGAAGUAUUUUAAUCUUAACUCACAAUUGUAUUUUUUUGUUAUUACACUGCACUGUAAAAAAUACUUUGCUGCCUUAAAAUUUUUUGUUAAAUCAACUCAGAUUUACAAGUCAUGUCAACAAAUAUGAGUUGUCACAACUUAUAAAAUAUAGUUGAGAAAAGUCAACUUAAUUUUAUAAGUUAUAACAACUCACCUGUAGUUAUAACAACUGAUCUCUAGUCAAGAUAAAUAACAGUAAGUUGAAAUGACUUGUAAAUCCGAGUUGAUUCAACAAAAAAAUUUAAGGCAGCAAAGUAUUUUUUACAGUGUGUAAAAAAGAUUUGUUGGUUCAACUUAAAAAAGUAAGUUAUCUGGUUGCCAUAAUUUUUGAGUUAAUGCAUCUUAAAAAUAUGAGUUGCGUAAAAAGUUAAAUUAACAUUUUAAGGUAACUUAAAACAUACUUUAUUAGGUUGAACCAACUUUUUUAUGGUUAUAGAUAUGCAUUUUAUAUUCUCUGUGAUAUUUUCUGUAUUAGCUUAAAUGUUUGCUUGUAUGUAUAAAAAUCUAUAAAAAAGUGAAAGUUGGAUUAACUUUAAAAAAAUGACUUUAGCUGGUAACCCCUAAUUUUUCUAUGUAAAUUUUCUCAUUAAGUAAAAAAUGUGCUUACAUUUUUUAGGUGUUACCACUUGAAGUAAUUUUAAAAAGGUUUUUCAACUUAAAUUUUUCACUUAGUGUUAAGUAUUUAAGUUGAUAAAACGUAAGUUUUUUUAGUGUUACCAAUUGAAGACAAAAGUGUUCUUUAUCAAGGCAUACAGUCAAUGCUUUGUAAGCAUUUCUUUUUAAAGCUGUAGGAUUUUCCAGCUUUAACAAAGAUGUGAGAUGGUUUGUGACUGACCCCACAAACACUUUCUUUUUUGUAUAAGUUCCUGUUUGCACCGACUACAUGUGACAUUCUCCGUGCAAAAAUGAACAACAGAAACAAACUGGCGCGUGCAACAGCUUUAUCAUCUCACAUGUAAAACCUUUUUUAAACCAAUUUUAGUAUUUAUUCUGGUAGCUAUUUCACAUUUUCUACGAAAUAUUUUUUAUUGAUCUAUAUUUUGUAUUCUGUUUUUUAAUAUCGCUCAAUUUGUUGCAUCAAAUUUGCAAUUACAAGCAACAAUUUAUGUAUGAUUUAUUUUGAAUUUGAAUUCACUUUAAAUAAAUGUAAUAAAAUACAAUGAAACAUUA